AUGUCAGAAAGGCCUUUGCAUACAAUACCUAUCGCUCAAAGACCGCCUCAUGGACCAUGGACGUCAAAGAUAUUCUUCCCACUCAUCUUUACUCUAGCGCAGCUGGGAAUCAAUUCGGCCCAGUUUCUUUCGGUCCCCCUUUUACUCAUCCCGUUCGUUGGACGCAGAUUGUUUGAAGCAGCGAUUGAUUGGACCAAGGAUGGAUAUGGGCGCUUGCGUAAGUGUCGAGCGAGACCAUCAUGGCCAGAUGACCAGGAUCAAUCUGCCGGACCGGCUCGUGGUCAUGUCGAAUCAUCAAGCGUAUUUGGAUUGGAUGUAUCUGUGGACUCUGGCUUGUUAUGCCGGGCACUCGAGGGGGAUUGUUAUAUUGCUCAAAGCGAGCUUGAAGAGCGUUCCCGUGGUGGGGUGGGGUAUGCCGAUCGGGAUAACCUGACGUUGGCUCUUACUCAACUGGGUCAGGAGACUCAGUCCGGCAAUGAAGGCAGUUUGGAGAGCUCCUCUCUGCUUCCGACGAAAAAGCGGACGCCUUUGUGGCUUUUGAUUUUCCCAGAAGGGACUAUCACGAGUGAUGAGGAGAGAGUUAAGAGCGUAAAGUACGCUGAUAAACAGCGAGUGGUUCCUGAUCUGCAAUUACUUGACGUGACCAUCGGCUACCCUGGGGUUCCAUAUGGGAAAUAUCCGCAAGACUGGUGA